GAAUCGGCGUAGGUUUGUAUGUGUGUAUGUGUGUUUGCGCACAGGGGAGGUGAGGGGUGUGUGCAGAGCCCAGCCCAGCCCAGAGAGAGAGAGAGAGAGAGAGAGGGGGAGAGAGAAAGAGUAAAAGUAAAAGAAAAAGCGAGCCAGAGAACGUGUGUCCCCGCUUGUCCCGGCUCUGCCGCCCUCCUUGUCUCCAGCUCCAGCUCCAGCUCCACGGGACAAUGUCCAGCAAAGACGGCGCACUCCAGGAGAAGUACAAGCUGGUGGUCGUGGGAGGCGGAGGGGUGGGCAAAAGUGCCCUCACCAUCCAGUUCAUCCAGUCGUACUUCGUCUCGGACUAUGACCCGACGAUCGAGGACUCCUACACCAAGCAGUGCGUCAUAGAUGAUCGGGCCGCACGGCUAGACAUUUUGGACACGGCUGGCCAAGAGGAGUUUGGGGCCAUGAGGGAACAGUACAUGCGGUCGGGGGAAGGGUUCCUCCUGGUCUUUGCCAUCAACGAUCGGGGAAGUUUUGACGAGAUCAGCAAGUUUCACCGGCAGAUUUUGCGCGUGAAGGACAGGGACGAGUUUCCGAUGAUCCUCAUUGGGAACAAGGCGGAUCUCGAGCACCAGAGACAGGUGACAAAAGAGGAAUCUGACAAUCUUGCCGGGCAGCUCAGAGUCACCUACCUGGAAGCAUCGGCAAAAAUCCGGUUGAAUGUAGACAAUGCGUUUCACAAUCUGGUGCGGGCUAUACGGAAGUUCCAGGAGCUGGAGAGCCCGCCGAGCCCCCAGCCCAAGCCCACCAAGCGGGAAUCCAGCGGCUGCCCGUGCCUCCUCCUGUGAGACCCUCGCCCAGACCCCACACUGGGCCUCACCUCCAGCCUGGGCCCGGCACCUGCUGCUCUCGACUUCCUCCACACCAACCUACUGACGACACCUCCACACCCAGCAAACACACUGGCUUGGAUGAAGACUCCUCCUUCCCUCCCUCCCCCCCUCCCUCCCUCCUCCCUCCCUC